GAAACUGCAAACGUACUCAAGGAAUACCAACGGCUACUGGAAAGCGACAUGCAUAUUAUCAACCUACCUGCCGACCCGAAGAUGGAGUGUACACAGGAAGAACAGGCCACAGUCAAUGAACUGAUUACAAUGAUCGACAAAAUCCGUGAUGGUAUCCAACAGUUCUACUCACUCGAUGGAAGACGCUGUCAGGAGGAGGAGGACGAGGAGGAGAUAAUAAAUCUGUGGCCACCUUUCUCUUUUGCAGACGACGCUAGGGGAGUUUUCCCGCCAGAUAACUUCCGAAACAACAGUGGCAGCGGCGACUAUGGCGGAACCAUCCGAAGCACGGAAACCCUUGUCUGCAACAACGAUGCCUAUCCAGGCGAUGAAUCCUGCUCCAAGUGGGUCACCUGA